CGGUUAGUUUUUUAAGUUAUAACUCGAUAACAACUCAUAAUUACAACUUAGACCUUCCUCUCUCGGAUGUGCUGAAGACAAUGCGCAUUGCGGGUAUGACAUUUGCAUUGUCGCCACAUAUAAUUAAAGAUUUGUUACGGGAAGCAUAGUUAUUCGUGAUUAAAAUCUGCAAACUGCUUUUACUAUUCUGUGCUGUUCUAUUGCUGUCCUGAUGAAACUAUAACUGUCUCCCAUGUAGAAAGUGUAAAUAGCGGUAAUUAUUCCAGAACCAGAUAUCUUGAUUGAUUACAACGGCACACGAAUUAUAAGUCCGACACGCCUGAACACACGAGCACAUUUCACAUGGUUCUAGAAAGAAGCUGCAAGUAAAUAUAGUUUACGGUAUAUUUGAUAGAUAACGAUACAUGUCAUUACUUAUUCAUGCAUCAACGUACAUUAUUUAUGAACGAUGGUAUAAUUAUUAUAAUGAACGUUUGAAUAGACGAUAGAAACGAUUUCACGUUGUACGACGCGGAAUAAAUUUUGGCAAAGAGUUUAAAGCUCUCGUACCGGCAAACUUCCCAAAUAUCAGUAUCAGAAAAACGAAUAAGAAUGACGGCUGUAAUGAUAUGCCGUAGUAAAGCGAUAUCGCUUCAACGACGGGAAUAAAUCAUGCGGCGGUGAUAACACCGUGCGAGCUGCGUGUCGUUAUUGUUACCGUAAUAUCGAAUGCGCCCGUAAUAGUGGCCACGUUCUAACGUUACGACUCGCGAAAUCGCUGGCAGUGAAAUUAUGCGCUUUCAAUCGAUAUCGGAUCGAUGAUUUAAUUAAAAAUAAUAUCUUUACUGCGCGAUGAUGCGGCGCAUGCUACUGAGCCGCACGACCAAAUCAGAAUACUAAUAAUCAAAUUAGAAACCCUUUCCCAUGGGCAGAUUGCCGCAUACGAUUGCCGCAUUGUGGUGUUUUCGGAGAAAUUUCAUUAAUCAUUAAUCGGAUCUGCAUAACACGCAUGUGUAUACAUGCGUAAUGAAUGUAUUGUCUACUGCGCGCAAUAUGCAAAAGCAAGCAAUAUGACGUGUAUGCUGAUGAAAUGUAUCCGAUACAGUUGAUGACAGUGGGAAAAGAAAUGCAUUACGUUUAAUGAGGAGAUGAUUUAAGUGCAAAGCGGGGAAUUAUACUAAUAAAUGAUAUAUAAUAUCCAAAUCAAACUCGUAGCACAUAACAUAAUAAAUAUAUGCGAGACUCCGAGGGAAACUAUGCAUAUUGUAAGAUUCUUCAUAAAUAUACAAUGCUGCAUAUGUAUAAGAGAUGAUUACCAUAUCAAAAUUAUUCUUCGGAGAUUAUUUGAAGUGUCAUUUAAUUCUUACAUACAUUUGCAACCGACAAUAAUAUAUGGAAGUUUUAACGGCAGCUUUAUGCCGUGUAUACGAAUUCGAUGCAAAUUCAAUGCUAUGUUUUCUGCAUCAGAAUGUAAUUUAUGAAUACCUCAUCUUUCUGUUUUGAGAGACUGUAUGAUACAAUAGGUAUUCGCUACAUAUAAACGCGGCAAGUGUUCUGCAGAAAUGGAAAAUAUACGAGAACAAAACCAGAUAUUGAAGCAUGCAAUAUAUAAUACAUUAGAGGUUUUCAAUAUUUCGCAAAUAUAAGCGCUCAAUGGAUUGUAUUCAAGUGUCUAUUAAAAUAAUACAAUACAUCAAUCACUUUGCAGCAAUAACGCAGUAUGUACCGUGGUUUUAUGCAUCGCGAAAGCACGUACAUAAAUGUAAAUCGUUCGGGAUUUUAGUCUUUGAAACAUUAUGGAAACACGCUGGAAACACGGGAAAAUUCAGAAAAAUCUCUGAUAUCGUGAUUAUAAAAUUUUUUUAAUAAUAAUGAACAAACGUAUUUCCACGAGAGACACGAUAAUAGAUAAAUACAAAGAUUUUCAACUUUUUCAAUAUUUAAAAUAUUGGAAACACGAAAAUAUAUCAGCAUCGGGAUUAUCGUAGUGAUUCGAGUCUCAUCCGAUCAAAAUAACACAGAUACCUACAAAUACGAAAUUCCUCAUUCGUAUGAUGCAUUACCAAUUGCAAUCUUCCUUUUUUCUGUCGAUCACGGUUUAAAAAAUGCAUUCAAUUGUCUCAGACGUCAUAAAUCGUGAUAUCGGAUCUCUUGCGCCGCUCUGUGUAUAUACAUGCAUUGACGGAGAUUAUGGUGGAGCGUCCGGGGAUUAACAUGUACCAACAGAUGCAAAAGAGAAAAAAGAAACGGGCAUAUGUACUCGGUCGUCCGACUAAAACCGGUCAGUAGAAACACGUCUCUUCUCGCGCUUCUCCACCAUGUUCUUGCUCCGUUAGUUUAGUGAUUCUUGUGUGGUAUCACGACCGGGUCAACGCAAUACUCCGUUUCGCUUGGUUUACGUCUGAUCUUGUCAUGGCGAUCCAUGUCGACGAAGGAGGAUUCGCUUCCGCGACGCAGGAGAAGCCAUUGUUACAACAGAGCGUCAAUUCGCCGCAGAAUGGUACGAAGUUGGACAAUAUUGUUGCUUGGACAAGAUCCUGCGAUGAACUUACUACCGCCUGUACGUUAUGGAACGUUCCUAAUUCAUGUAAAUUCGGUGAGUGUUACGGAAUCAUAACGUUCAACGAUCUUGUUGCUAAUCGUUGUUGUAACUUUUUUGAGGGAAAGAAAAGAAAACCGGCAAAGUUAGUAGAAAUUAAAAAAUAUGAAAUUACAUAUUAAAAUAAAGGUACAUAGAAUAUUGUGAAUUUUAAAAUCAGUGGAUUAUACAAUAUUGAAGAAUAUCAUGUAAAUAUGUAAGUAUUUAGAGAAAAAAAAUUACAUCAUAUGUAAUCUCAUUUUAAUUUAAUGUGUUCAUUUUAAAAUAAUGUUUAUAAUUAAAAUGAAACACUGAAAUGAAUUAAAAUUACACAGUUAACAGACAAAACUGAGAAAUUUAUUCACAAAUAAUUCAGACGUGUUUAAUAUGAGUAGCUCCGAGAGAGGAAGUUUGUUUAAAAUGCGGAAAGACACUUGGGUCGUCAAAAUAGAAUACUGUAAAGGAGUAAAUGAUACACAAAGUGAUAACGUAAAAUCUGACCGUGCGCUAUCAAGUCCGCCAUUCGAAGCUAUCAGACUGUAAACAAUUAACGCUUUUCAGAGCAGCGGAGAACCAAACGAUAAAGGUAACUCGUCACCGCGAUUUUAUAAGCCCCUAGGAAGUCCCGUAAAAUUUACACAAAGCGAUUUUCGUCUACUUCGUGAGCUAUAAAGCUGAUCCAGGCGACGACGUUAAGCCAUACGUGUUGGCGCUAUCGUGUCGCGAGUUUACAAGUGCGGUUAUAGUUGUGGACAAUCCUCAAUUUAUGCCUCGUGCGCCACCCUGUUAUCGCGUACAGGCUCGAUUCGGGUUUAUCGAACGGUGUGAGAUUUUUGCGGGCACUAUCGGAUGACGAUAAAAGUUGCGGAAUAUCGGACGGGUGCAGCGAUCGCCGGCACUGACUUGCAUGAUCGUGAUGGUGUUGCAGGCAACGAGAUGAAUUACAAGGGUAGCGGAAAGGUCCACUUCGGGGUGGACGACGUCUCCCUUUAUGGGACCCCGAAGGAGGAGCCAGGCCCGGGUCUCCCGGGCCAGGAGGUCAAGCAGAGCUUCCUGAAAAAUCAACUUCAGGCCCUGUUCCAGCCAACAGACAACAAGCUGGCCAUGAAGUUGUUUGGUAGCAAGAAGGCGCUCAUGAAGGAACGAAUCAGGCAAAAGGCCGCGGGUCACUGGGUCAUCCAUCCUUGCUCCAGUUUUCGAUUCUACUGGGACCUCUGCAUGCUCCUCUUAUUGGUCGCUAAUCUGAUAAUUCUGCCAGUCGCCAUUAGUUUUUUCAAUGACGACCUAAGCACUAGGUGGAUAGCCUUUAACUGCCUUUCCGACACAAUAUUCCUUAUAGACAUCGUUGUCAACUUCAGGACGGGUAUAAUGCAGCAGGAUAAUGCCGAACAAGUGAUACUGGAUCCGAAGUUAAUCGCGAAACACUACCUCAGGACUUGGUUCUUUCUCGACCUCAUCUCCUCCAUACCACUAGACUACAUUUUCCUCAUAUUUAAUCAAUUUCAGGACUUCAGCGAGUCCUUCCAGCUUCUACAUGCUGGACGUGCGCUCAGGAUUCUCAGGCUUGCAAAACUGUUGUCACUCGUUAGGUUACUACGCUUGUCAAGACUGGUGCGGUAUGUCUCGCAAUGGGAAGAGGUCUAUAUCCCCCUUUAUCAACAGCCGGAGAGGCACUACGAGCGUCGGGCGACACCGCCCCAACCAGACCGAACCAGCAAGAUAUUGCAGAACCUACAAAAAAAACGCACUGAGCGGAGGGGGCGCCUAAGUUCUGACAAUAUGACUAAAAAGAAGUCCGGUUUCAGCAAAAGCGAACUUAUUUUUAAGUUCCUGAAUAUGGCGUCGGUGUUCAUGCGGAUUUUUAACCUGAUCUGUAUGAUGCUGCUAAUCGGCCAUUGGAGUGGCUGCCUGCAAUUCCUAGUCCCUAUGCUUCAAGGAUUUCCCAGUAAUUCAUGGGUGGCCAUUAACGAGUUACAGGACUCGUUUUGGCUGGAACAAUAUUCGUGGGCCCUCUUCAAAGCUAUGUCGCACAUGCUGUGUAUCGGGUACGGUAGGUUCCCGCCACAGUCCUUGACCGACAUGUGGCUGACCAUGCUUAGCAUGAUCAGCGGUGCGACGUGCUACGCUCUUUUCCUCGGACACGCGACGAAUCUCAUUCAAUCUCUCGAUUCCUCGAGGAGACAAUACCGGGAGAAGGUGAAACAAGUAGAGGAAUACAUGGCCUAUCGAAAACUACCGAGAGAAAUGAGACAGAGGAUCACGGAGUACUUCGAACACCGCUAUCAAGGGAAGUUCUUCGACGAGGAGCUGAUCCUUGGAGAGCUCUCCGAAAAAUUGAGAGAGGAUGUGAUAAACUACAACUGCAGAUCGCUGGUGGCGUCCGUGCCCUUCUUCGCCAACGCCGAUUCGAAUUUCGUCUCGGAUGUCGUGACGAAACUCAGAUACGAAGUCUUCCAGCCAGGUGAUAUCAUCAUUAAGGAGGGUACUAUCGGCUCGAAAAUGUACUUCAUACAAGAAGGCAUUGUCGAUAUCGUGAUGGCAAACGGCGAAGUCGCGACCUCGUUGUCGGACGGAUCUUACUUCGGCGAAAUCUGUCUGCUGACGAACGCGAGGAGGGUAGCGUCGGUCCGAGCGGAGACCUACUGCAACCUCUUUAGCCUCUCGGUGGAUCAUUUCAACGCCGUGCUGGACCAGUACCCGCUAAUGCGUAGAACGAUGGAGAGUGUUGCCGCCGAGAGGUAUAAGCUUUGGCUAAAUAAAAUCGGAAAGAAUCCUAAUCUGGUGGCUCAUCGCGAGGAGGAUCUUGGCAGUGAAUCAAAAACGAUAAACGCCGUAGUAAAUGCGCUCGCGGAGCAGGCCGCGCAUGCCAGCGCCAGUGAGGAAUCGAUACACAGUAUGGAGCUUAGAUCGUUGCCGGCUUGCCUCUUACCCAGACCAAAGUCUGAGAACAAUUUUGCGAGCCAAGAACUUACGAGAGAAGGACGGAGGAUCUUCCACAAGAGCGACACUUUCCACAAGGAUUCGUAUCAAUGACGACACUCGUUUUACUAGCAUACGCAGAGAUACUAACGGCUCCAUGUUGAAACAAUGCUGGAACUCCUUUCAUCGACAGCAGGACAGCUGGUGGUUUUGUGCCCGACACUUGGGCGAUCCUAUAGCAGCGGUCUAUACAUAGAUAUCGGCCAUGCCAGUAGUUCUUUAGCAAUCGAUUUAUAGCGCCUUCUUAUAUUAAUCUGACGGCAUUUUUGUCCAGGACUGCAAAACCGCCAAGGCUGUUCCUAGUCCUACGCUCCAACCAUGAUAUAGAUUCGUGAAACAACUAGAUUUAUAUACACGUAUAUAUGUAUAUAUGUAUAUUACAUUUAAAAUAUACAUAUAAAUAUAUAUAUAAAAUAUGUUGAGAUUAUAUAUAUUAUUAUUAUUAUUAUACCAUUAAUAAUAUAUAAAAUACCGACGAAGUACAUAUAUUACGAAAUAAUUUAGUGAAAACGAAGAAAACGGGGUUGAGAAAAUAAAAGAGAAACUUCUACAUCUUAGGCCCCCCCCCUUUAUCUUUCAAGGUGCGUUCGUGUUCUUUUAGAAAAUGAUAACAAAGUGCUUUACACAGUCACGAGGUUUUAAUCUUUUACGUGGGCAGAAUGAGAAGGAGAACGAAACUAUAUCUAUAUCUCGGUUGGAGAACAUGGAGCCGCGUUUUAUGCCGCGUCUCUUCAUUGAGAAUAAUCGCAGCGUCGUGUCAGAUGCAAUACUAAAGAAAGACGGAUGAACGCAGCGAAGAAUGAAGAUCUCAAAGACGACGAAGAGCAGGCCUAGAAAUUUAUAGAGAGUAUGUAGCCCACGUCGUGGAUAAAAAAUUAGGUAUAAUCCUAAAUAACAAUGUAACGAUGCGUAAUUCUCUGUGAUUUUGCAAGUUGACGUUUCGCACCUUAGGAGAGAAAAAAAACAGUGUAAUCUACAUGAGGAGAAUUAGGAUGCUCUUUUUUUUUAAGGCAACAACUAACAUAGAGAGAUCGUACUCGUAAGACCGGAGUAUUCCGAUUAAGUUAACGCGAUUUUAUCUUUAGCUUCGUACUCCAUUAGAGACGUGUAAAAUAAAUAAAAAAAAUAACGUUUGUUAACGCGUAAUACUCCGUGCGGAAGAAAUGCGGGAGUGAAAGGGUUCACGGGAUAGACUAAUCUCUUAUUGGAGAAGGCUUUCUUCUUAUUUCAGACGCGAGUUAUGUUUACAUUCGGUUUACAUUUGCUUAUUUGAUAGGUCCUCCUUUAUUUUGCUACGUUUUUGAUUUGCUUCGAGAGCAUAACGACACUAAAGCCGAAUGAUAAAUACCCGUUGCGAUUCAGUGUCGGAUAUAUUCGAUAGACCGUCCUGGUACGUAAAUAGGAUCGGUGAGGAAAUUAUGAUCGCGUAUUUUUGAGAAUUCGCGAAUAGGGAAAAGAACGAGGAAGAGAGAGAGAGAGGGAGAGAGAAAGAGAAAGAGAAAUGAGAUUAAAAUGCGAUGAUUUUAUCGAUUAACUGGUUCUACAAAUACCGAGGGCCCAGAGGCUGUGUUUACUUGUUGAGAGUCCUUUGGGCCGCUGUGGUUACAUGUCAAUGAAUGAAUAUUAAGCGAAACGCAAGCAAAGUAUCUUUUUAUGAGAUGAAAACAAAAAAAACGCGAUGUACUAUAAGAGAAACUAUAAAAAUACUAUGUAAUAAAUUAUUAUUAUUGUUACGAUUAUUACUUGCAAUGAUUACUACACCACUACCGCAUAAUUAGGCAAGUAAAUAAAUAACAAAAAAAGAACACAGGUACACAUAUACUAUAUAUGAAAUAUUAUGCAUAGUGGUUAAAUAUCGUGUUGCAAGAUACUUCUGUAAUGUUCAGCUACGUUCGGAGUGGUCUGAUACUAACUAAACACCGAUACUUACGAAUAGUUUACACAUCAUUAUCCUCCCGGAGCUUGAUCUAUCGUCUUCAUUUAAAUAAUAUUUUAUAAUCAAUUGUUUUUGUUGCUAAUUAAACCAUACGAUCGAUCUCGCUUUAUAUACAGGCUAAUGAAAAACAAGCAGAAUGUUUUCUCUUCAUUUCAAAUAAUUCUUAGCAAAAAUGAAUUUGACAUAAAAAUAUUUGCAAAAAAGUAAUUAUACCUGUAAUAUUAUUUAGUUUACCAUUAGGCAUUAUAUUUAGUUCUUAACGCUAAAGAGCACAAGUAAAUUUAUAAACGCACAAUACUGUCCCCGGGAGAGAAUCUACAUAUAAACUAUAUUAUAAAAUUUAAAAAAAAUACGAGUGUUUUCUCAUCAAUAGUUUGCGUCCGAUUAAAAUCUACAUUAUUUGGUGAUGUAAAAUUAAUGAACGACCCUUCAAAAAUUUAAUGUGCUCUUUAGGGUUAAUAAAGGUGCAUUUAUCUGGUAUUAACAUAACUUUUCCUUUUAAAUUCGAGAUUGCAAUGGACUCCCUUUUCCGCAUGAAAAUUAAUUUGGUCAUCCUCUAUCAAAAAUAACGCAUAUUAUUUUUAUUUAGGAGACGACGAGACUCCAUUGGCGAGUGUACGAUUGAAAGAAGUGAGCCGAUCGUCUUUUCUAGUUGAUGCGUUUACACGUUAUCGCGAGUACAUGUACAUAUAUCUCCACGUAAGAAUUAACAGAUUACACGCGCGUUUCAUACAUAUACAUAUGUAAACCUGAACACUUACACACGCCAGAGAGAGAGAAAGAGAGAGAAAGGGAGAGGAAGAAUUAGAAAAAGAAAGAAGUACCUAUUUUUCAUGUAAGAGAGACAUAGUUUUUUGUCAUUAUUUUACAUCUCCAUAUACGUCAUCAUAAAUAUAUAUAUAAUAUAUAUACCGUAACACAACUACAAGAAAGAGAGAGGGAGAAAGAGAGAAAGGAGAGUGCGUACGAGAAGUGAAGACAUUCCAAUGGGUAGAGUAGUCGUAGACCGCAUAAUCGACGUUUUUAUAGAUUAAUCUGUACGAACGGUCUAGGAUUAAUCUGCCGGUUCGGGCCUAAGAAGUACGCAUUACUAUAAUUAUAUAAAUAAUUAUAUAACACGCACACAUACAUACCAUACGGUACACACACAUAGACACACGCAUUAUUACUGUGCUCCGAAAGGAGUGCGAGGGACAGAACAAAGUGAUUAUAUACAGAAUGAAACUGUACUCUUACUACCACUGCUAACUGAUAGACACUAUUUAGCCACUGUCUACUUACGUCGAUAAAACAAUUUAAAAAACUGCGGCAAGAAAGUGCUGUGUUAGUACUCUCACAUAUACACACGUACAUAUACACAUACACAUGUAAGAAUAUUACGUGUACAUAUAGCGUACGUAUGUACGUAAGGAACUACGCAUCUAUAGUGCACUAUGAGAGAUAUCGGGGAGAAUAACACUUAGGAUUAAAGAGAGAUCGCGUGGCUAAUUGAAGGCGUGUGUACCUUACUCCGUAAAUGCUAACAGACAAGAGUGAGACACAUUAUUAAAUAAAAACAAAAAAAAGAGGCGAAUAGUUUUUGUAUCGAGAGGUAGAUCGCGCGCGAACAGCGGAAUUGGAUCGGGUCAGGUGGAAACGGAUCCGGAAAUCGGAAAUGGACGCAUAGCUACUGACAACGGCAACGGCAAGCUCGAAAUUAAAUGAGACAGCAGGUUCACAUGUACGCUGUAAAAGAAAUAUAAUCGAGUAAUGUGCGUCGGAUUGCGAGAGCGUGGAUGCAAUUGUCGUCCGAGGCUGAUCAAAGUGCGUCAAUUUAGCUACGGUGUCUAUGACGUGGAGUACGCAAAACGGGACGCUAAAAAAGAUUGUGGAACCGUGUGUUUCGAAUUUCACAUAUCAAUCGUUCUGUUGAAAGACGUCGCAAAAGUAUACGCUGGACGCGAGAAUUCUUUUCAAAGCGCGCUCGAUAAAGACGCUUGAUCUAUAUAUAUAGUGUAACGUGUUAAUCUAUCUUUCCUUUUUCUUUCUUUUCUUUGGGAAACCCAAUCUCGCGAUUUAUGCAGCAGGCUUGAGGUUUCGACAAAAUUUCCACAUUUGUACAUCCACCGAUGAUUUCGUUCGUUGAAUAUCGCGCUAACGAGUAAGACAGAACGAUCGUCUAAAAUUACCUUCUCUUCGAAGCAGACUCACAAUUUCCGUUUCCGGUUUCGGGGAUCGAAAGCUAUAAAAACGAUCGAUGAAGAAACAUGCGACUGUCCAAAGUUAAAUAAAAAUGCUAUUAGACGAUCCGCUGUUGAGUGUUUCUCAAUCAUUUUUGCACGGUGACACGGUACUCCGAUUACGCGGUUUCUCAAAAAUGUAUCUCAUUUCUAAGCAAUAUUUCGGUGUAGUUAUUAUAAUAUCAUUUGUUGCACGCUGUGAAAUCUAUUUUUUAUUGUGGGAUAAAACUAUUGCAGUUAUCCUUAUAAAUAUCCUUAUACCUGAGCGCUGCAUGUAUAACAACUAAUCCAAAUUUAUCACUUAAAAUCCACGCGCGUUAUCCGUUUUUCUACAACUGUUCGAAAAUCAAAUGUGAUCGAAACAACGAAUUAUGCACACAUCAAAACUUGCGCGUGCGGUAAUUCUUGUGUAUAAUGUUAAAAUAGAGAUGUAUAACUAUAGAUCUCAUAACCGGAAGUAGAGUAAUGAAUUUUCCCAAAAGAAACUUGCAGCACAAAUGAUCAUCGUUGAAUCACAUUUAUUUCAAAGAUAUUUUUUGUUUUAUAUAAUCGCAUUAUGCCGGACGAUUCAAGAUUAUUUCGCAAUAACUUGAUUCUAAAUACAUGCUUUUUGGAGAGUUCUCACGUAUCGUGGCACCGUGCGAAAAUUAAGGCAACUAGUUGGGAAACCUACGUAGCACGCCUUGUAAAAAAUAAAAUGAAGAAAACAUUACCCUAGCGUCAAUUUUCUACGAAAGAGUUUUCUACAGGGUUCACGCCAUGAGCGGAACGUCGCGCUUAUGGUAUGAAUAUGUACGUACGCUGAAUAUGUGCGGCGCUGAAUAUAAAUCUAUUGAUGUUUUUUUCUUUUUCUAUUACACAGAGAACGUUGCGUUUGUAAUUACGAUCGUUUUUCGCGUGUGAAUGAAAGCAGCUUGCAGCAGAGAGAAUUGUCAGUAAUAGUAAGAGCUUGUGCUAGGAGUACGACAUAUGACUGAAUGAGAGAGAGAGAGAGAAAGAGAGAAAGACGUGAUGAUACUUCAGUUUUCGAUGCUCGAUUUACAAGUUGAUUUUCCUUAUUUUUUCCGCAAUUUUACUUGCGGAACUCACUUUGUCAAGUAUGACUUUUUUCGAGAACUUAGCUACAAAGAACGAAAAUUUGGAUGAAAUACAUAGCAGAGUAGGAAUGCUGCAGUUCUCUAGGAAAUACAUUGCCGGUAUUCUUUGCGAUGCCAAUGGUGUAACUUGUGCAUUAUUGCCCGCAAAUAGUGGCAAUAUUCUCGAUUGCUUGCAAAUUUGAGAACACG